AUGUCCUACUACGCCGACCCUUACAACCGUCCUCCUCCGGGACCCCCUGGUCCCCCAGGCUACGGCCAGCCCUACGGCGAGCGCCCACCCUACGAGCGCGGCCCAUACAGCGCCCCUCCACCCAUGGCCCGACCCCCGCCUGGUCCCCCGCCCCCAAUGCCUCAGGGCUGGCACCAGGAAUGGGAACCGAACAUGCGCCGCGCAUUCUGGGUCGAAGAUGCUACUGGUCGCGCGCAGUGGGAGCCUCCUUACGGAGGUCCCCCGGGUCAGGGCUACUAUGAUGGUUCACGCUCUGUUCCUCCGCCUGAGCCGCAGGGCGGUUACUAUGCGCCUCCCCCUGGACCGCCGGGCGGAUAUGACCAGCGUGGUUAUGAUCAGGGAUAUCAGCAGCCCGCUGAGGAGAGGAAGAGUAAUACGGGCAAAUAUCUUGCCGUCGGUGCUGGUGCUCUCGCCGUUGGUGCGCUUGGUGGGGCGUUCAUUGAGCAUGAGAUUGAUGAGGACAGCGAUAAAGAUGACCAGCGAGAGGCUUACGAGCAGGGUCGUGAGGACCAAGAGGACUAUGAUGAUGGUGGCUGGUGA